UUGUUCCAGAAUCCUUCAUUGCCUUCUUGCGAAACGGGCAAAAGGCUCUUCCUCCUUCCAGUUUCAAAAGGAAAUCCAAACACGAAACUCAGCAAGACAUCGAGCUUGGCCAUCUCGAUUCUAUUUCAGCCAUGGUUCAGAUCAAGGAAUUCCGAAUCGUCAUGCCUAUGUCGAUGGAGGAGUAUGAAAUUGGGCUCAGCUACACCAUCAUGAAGAUGGAGCAGCAGAAUACAAACGGCAAGGAGGGCGUAGAGGUGCUGCAGCAGGCCCCGUUUGAGGAUGAGGAACUCGGUGAGGGCCAAUUAACUUCGAAAGUUUAUCAUUUGCAAAGCAAAAUUCCAUCUUGGAUGAAGGGCUUCGCGUCCACGAGUGCUCUCGCCGUGCACGAGGACUCCUGGUGUGCGUAUCCAAAGAGCAGAACAGUGAUCAAGUGCCCGCUUUUCAGCAAGUGUUCACUCACCAUUGACACCGUGAUUAGACCUGACAACGGCUGUUCUGACAAUGCGCAUAAUCUGACCAGUCAGCAACUAGCUGCAAGAGAGGUCGAGAUCAUCGACAUCGCAUCGGUAUCACGGGACUACUGGAGCAAAGUGAUCACUGCUCCGAAGGUCGACCUCACAACCUUUAAGUCCCAACUCACGAACCGAGGCCCUCUUCUGAAGGGGUGGAUGGAUUCUUGCCAUCCCGUGAUGACGACAUACAAGCUGGUGACCAUGGAUGCUCCCAUCUGGGGCUUGGGCGAGCGGCUCGAAGACUGCAUCAUCGCUGGGGAGAGGGCGCUGUUCCUGGCGUGCCACCGGCUGUGCUUCGCGUGGGUGGACGAGUGGCACGGCAUGACCAUGGAGCAGAUCCGGGACAUGGAGAGGCACAACGACCUACUCCUCAAAAAGACACUGAAGAAGGCUGCGUUGGCCGGGAGCAAGCACGAGGGCAAGAGGAAGUCUCUCAAAGACGAGAUCGCAGUGGUCGGGAGCUGCACGUAGCGCUGUAUGCUGCUUUGCUGGUUCCUGUGAAAGAUGGCCCAUUAAUUUGUCCCCGGUGGCUCAAUUGGGCGCAACAUGGCCGAAGCAAAUUCAGAUUCGGUGCGUCAAUUACGGCUAAAUUAACACUGUACAGUACUGUACAUAUAUGUCGUUUCAGAAACAGUGUACAUAAACAUGCGUGCGUCCGCUGAAGAUGCUGCGGAUAUGGUGUCCCAAGGCGUCCAUGCCCUGCCAGUGCGUGUGGUUCUCAACGUUAAAUAUUGGAGAUGAAAUGAUGCUUCAGAUGCUC